AUGGUGGUGCCUAAACUGGCCGGGGGGCCACCCCGUCGCAAUGGGAAAUCCCUCAAGAUGAUCAGUACCCAUAUACUUUCCAUCAAAACCAAGCCGACAUACUACAAUGUUCCACGGGCGUGGAAAAUCCUCGGCUACAGCGGACAACCGAAACCUAGCUUUCCAAAGUUCUGCGAGGAGGUCGGGGCCAUGUGGGAGUUCAUAUCCCCCAACGACAGGCGGGGCAGGAUUAUCAGAGCCUACAUCUUGGACGCACUCCGAGCUCUCCGAUGCUACACCGCAAAAUGGAACCCGCGUACCCAAGCCUUGAAUAUCAACCACCAGCAUCUUCUCGGCCGCAGUUCAGCCGCGAGCGUGUUGGCGCAUUGGGCUACGGUUGAGGGGCCAUCGUCGGGAGUUAUGCCGAAUGAUGCUGACUGUUUGAAGGAGUACUUCGAAAUGGAGCCCCUGAAGGAGCCCCAGAUCGAUAUUCCGCACCCAACCGACAUGGAGAUGUGGCAGCGGUACCAUCCGUACCAGGAAUUCCAGGCCCUGUCGUCCGCAGACGUGGCGCAGACGUUCAAGGUCAUCCCGGUUCCAGAUGGCCCGGAAGCACUGUGGCAUUGUGUCUCUUACUGGUGGGGGCCAGAUCGCACCGAUCCGGUCAAAAUUCCCCACGGCCGAGACAUGAUGAAGAAUCGCGAGAUGAAGGCACUCCUGUGGGUGUACUUUAGUCAUGUCAUCUACACGCCGGAGCAUCCAAGGUGGCGGGAAUACAUCCUCUUCCAGCUCAGAUCGAAAAUCUUCUCGGAAGACUAUGGAGAGCUGAGCAUCCUCCGCAGCUUGUACUGCAACCAAAUGGAGCAUGGGUUGGCCUGUGAUUCUGCCUUAUUUGACGACAUCCUCUUCGUCAUCGCCGAUUUUUUCCAAACCCAGGUUGUCGUCUUCUACUGGGAUGCCGACAGGUUGGUGGACGACCCGUGGGCGGCGGAGCCUCCAGAACCUCCAAUUAAAGCAGGGGAACUUCAACCAUGGUGGCCCCAGAAGCUUCAUCUGUAUUCGUGGAAAACCUACGGCACUAGCGUUCCCGGCCGAGCCCAGAUCUUUCUUGCCCGGCGACCCAGCACCAAGCACUACGACAUUGCCAUGCCGAAGUUCCACGCCGGCAACUGGCCCACCACCAACUCGCACCCGCCAGGAAUCCCCUGGUGGGAACCAUUCCAGCCAGGAGGGCCCAGGGUCAUCGACGACCCGCCGGCCCUGCUCGACCCGCCCCCGUGCGACCUGCCCGAAUUCACAAAACCGGACCCCGAGGAGGACGAGGCCGACGACGACAGCCAAGGGGAGAACCUCCUAUCGAUGGACACCCUGGAUCUGUUCAAGGGCGGGCGGGACAUCCCGGGAGACAUGUUCAGGCUGCCCAGUCAGGAGGAGGCGGACAAGUGGGAGGAAUAUGAGCAGCCGCUGCCGGGGCCCGACCAGCCGCGGCUCCCGGCGCACCAGUGCUACCAGGUCCGGUUUGGGCCGCGCAGGCCCGGUGGGAGGAAUGCGUACAGGCCGCCUCCGCUGCUGGAGGAUCCGAUCCGGGCGUUUGAGGACUAUCUUUAA